UUUUUUCACAGACAGUACGUAGAACGUUCAGCGGUUCAAAGAGGAAGGAAGAUGGCGGACAACAAAGACGAGGGGGAUAUGGAAAGCUCUGCCAAAUUGGAUGCAGCACCUCAGGAACAGGAAAAUGGGGAACCAGAAUCUAAAGAUUCAAAUGCGGUUAUUGUUAUUGAGCCAAAUUUGACGGAAGAAGAAUCUUUGCAGUCUCAAGAAAAUGCUUCUCAGGCGCCGACACCCACCAGUGGAGGAGGGGACGCCAGCGGCAGCUCUGGCGCAGGGGAGGAAGCCAGCACGAGCACCAGCCCGGUUGAAAACACUAACGUCGAAACUACCGAGUCCUCGGCUUCUGGGGAGACUGCAGGAACUGCUGUCACAACCGACAUGUCUCCCCCUCCUACAGUUCCAGCUGUAAAUCCAGCGCCUGUCCCAAUAAACCUUUUGGAUACAUGCGCCGUGUGUAAACAAAGUCUCCAGACCAGAGACUGUGAACCUAAACUCUUGCCUUGCCUCCACUCAUUCUGCUUGAAAUGUAUACCCGAGCCAGAUCGGCAAAUAACUGUGCAGGUGCCUGGGCCACAUGGACAGCCCGAUACCCAUAUAGUGAAUGUGAUGCGAUGUGCAGUGUGUCACCAAGACUACAAACAAAGUGACAUCAUCGACAACUACUUUGUCAAGGAUAACACUGAGGCUUCCAGCACAUCAGAUGAAAAAUCAGCGCAGGUGUGCACCAGCUGCGAAGACAACGCCGGAACCAUUGGGUUCUGCGUGGAAUGUGGGGAGUGGCUGUGCAAGACCUGUGUGGAGGCGCAUCAGAGAGUCAAAAUCACAAAAGACCACAAAAUCCGUACAAAAGAGGAUGCGAACGAUGAGACUAUGGGCUCGACAGGAACGAGGCGUGUGUUCUGUCCAGUGCACAAACAAGAGCCUCUGAAGCUGUUCUGUGAGACGUGUGAUACGCUCACCUGCCGGGACUGUCAGCUGCUUGAGCACAAGGAGCACAGGUAUCAGUUCCUGGAGGAGGCCUUUCAGAACCAGAAAGGAGUCAUUGAGACCCACAUGGCCAAACUGCAGGAGAAGAAGAACUACGUCCAUUUCUCAGUGUCUCAAGUGCAGAGCAGGAUAAAGGAAAUGAAUGACACUCAUAAGAAAGUGGAGCAUGAAAUCAAGAUAGCGGUGUUUACCCUUAUCAACGAAAUCAACAAGAAGGGCAAGUCUUUACUGCAGCAGCUGGAGGGAGUGACCAAGGAGCGCAGCAUCAAGCUGCUGUCCCAGCAGAGAGACACCACCCUUCUGGCUCAGCAGAUCCUCCAUGUUCUCAACUUCAGCCACUGGGCCAUUAACAACGGCAGCAGCACGGCCCUGCUCUACAGCAAGAGGCUGAUUAUGUUCCAGCUGCGCUACAUCCUGAAGGCCAGACUGGACCCGGUUCCUCAGGCCAACGGGGCUGUGCGCUUCUUCUGUGAUCCCACCUUCUGGGCCAAGAACGUGGUCAACCUAGUAGGUAACCUGGUGUAUGAGAAGACUCCCCAGGCCGUCCACCCGCCCAACGUGAUGGUGGGGGGACCGGUAUCCCCAGGCCACGGGCACCCAGGCAAGCACCCCGGCCAGAUCAACCUGGCCCAGCUCAGGCUGCAGCACAUGCAGCAGCAGGCUUUCGCCCAGCAACAACAGAAACAACACCAACAGCAGCAGCAACAGCAGCAGCAACACCAACAGCAGCAACAGCACCAACAGCAGCAGCAGCAGAUCCAACAGCAGAUGCGCAUCGCUUCCCAGUUGCAGCACACCAGACAGGCUGGCCCUUCGCAGAUGAUGCAACAGCAGCCUCCCAGACUCAUCAGUAUGCAGGGCCACCAGAGGGGUGCGCCGGGGGGGAUGAACGGCUCCCCUCACAUGUACCCCUCCUCCCACCAGAUGCGCCUGCCUCAGCCCCAGAGCCGCAUGCCCACGGCCCCCCCCCAGGCCCGGCUCCACAACGGCCAGCAGUACUCCCCUAUGAUGCAGCCCCAGCUGCAGAGACAGCAUUCCAACCCGGGUCACGCGGGGCCCUUCCCAGUGGCGUCCCUCCACAACGCCAACCCCACCAGUCCCACCAGUGCCAGCAUGGCGAGUGCCCAUGCCCACAGGGGCCCCGCCAGCCCCAUCGUGGGGGCCAUCGAGCUCAUCCCCUCGGUUACAAACCCAGAGAAUUUGCCCUGUCUUCCUGACAUCCCACCCAUUCAGCUGGAAGAUGCUGGUUCCAGCAGCCUAGACCACCUCCUGACCAGAUAUCUUUCUGCCAGCAAAAACCCUAUGUAUGGAGCUCCCAUGGAGAUGAACCCCUCUCCUGUGCCCACCACCCACUCACCUGGCUCCUCAGGGUUAUCAAACUCCCACACGCCAGUUCGACCCUCCAGUUCAUCCAGCACAGGCAGCAGAGGGAGCUGUAGCUCAGCAGGGAGGCCUGGGCCCUUGAGCGCCCCGGUGGAGCAGGUGAGAGUGAAACUAGAGCCGGGAUUAGAGGACGAGUGCAGCCUCUCGGGAGCAGCUUCUAAUGUCAAGACGGAACGAGGAAAGGAGGGGAGGAGCGCAUGCAUGAUGAGUAGCCCGGAGAGCAGCCCUCUCCCAGCGCAGGGCUCCAUGUCCACCGGAAAUUCAUCCAGCGGCUCCGUCCAGACCAUGGUCAAGAUCGAGCCCAAAGAGCCCUCUGACAGCCCCAGCACCGCCCACCCAGCAGCCGCACAGAAAGACGACAGCACGACAGCAGAGCCGCCUCUCACCAACGGCACCGCCGCCGCCCCCGCCGCCGCCCCCGCCUCCUCCCAAAGCGGCGAGGGCGCAGCCACGGAGAUGGAAACCAAUCAGAGUGGGGCGGCAGAAGGGAAGGAGGAUGACCCCAACGAGGACUGGUGCGCGGUGUGCAACAACGGAGGAGACCUGCUGUGCUGUGACAACUGUCCCAAAGUGUUCCACACCACCUGCCACAUCCCCACGCUCAAAUCCCUCCCCAGCGGAGACUGGAUGUGUACGUUCUGCCGGAACCUGUCCAUCCCGGAGAUGGAGUACAACUGUGACGAUGAGAAGCAGAGCAAGAAGGGCAAGACUGAGCCAGGGAUGAGUCCAGAAGACCAGCGGAAAUGUGAACGCCUCCUGCUGCAUGUCUUCUGCAAUCAGCUGAGCGUGGAGUUUCAGGAGCCCGUGGCGUCAGCUGUUCCCAACUACUACAAGAUCAUCAAGAGACCCAUGGACCUGAAACUGGUGAAGAAGAAGCUUCAGAUGAAGCACUCCCAGCACUACCAGAGUCCUCGGGAGCUGGUAGCGGACGUGCGUCUGGUCUUCAGCAACUGUGCCAAGUACAACGAGAUGUCUCGAAUAAUCCAAGUUUAUGAUGAGGAGAAACAGAUUAAUGUGCAGGCAGACUCGGAGAUUGCGGAGGUCGGCAAAACCAUGAGCGUGUAUUUCGAGGAGAAGCUGCAGGAGCUCUACCCGGACCAGACGUUCCCGGUGGAGGCAGAGGAGGAGGUCAAGGCCGCGGAAGAGGAAGACCUCACGGAAGACUCCGAAGACGAGUUUGUGGAGCCGCGACGCAAGCGGUUAAAAACGCACGAGAAGGCACUGCAUAUCAAGUGAGAUCAGACAUGUUCCAAGAGGAACAAAGUGUCUUCCCUCACCUUCUACGCUUGACUUUUUCCCCUCCCUGUGUGUAUGAGGUUCAAAAGGUCAAACGGUGAUCUAUUGUACAGACUGGUAUAUUUUAUGUUUUGCUUUUGGAAGAGUUAUAUUGUAAAAUAGAUUUGAUGUGUCUUUGUCGCCCGGUAAAUUGGACUUUGAAGACAUUCUUGUGCUUUUUCUUUCUGUGGCGAUGUGGAUGCUUAGAUAAACGCUUGUACAGAUUUCAAAGUUUGUUUUGUUUUGCUGUAGUUAAAUUAAUGACUGGUUAUUUCUUUUUCUAUUAUUUUCCAUCUAUGAUCAUGUUUGUAAAUCUAUUGUGAAACAUUCUUUAUAAAACAUCUUAAACUCCCCUUUCAAAUCUUAAUUAAUGUACUAUAAAGUUUGAAAUGAAAUACCUACCAA